AGCCAAAAGGGUUUUUUUUCCCAAACAUCAUCCAAGCAAAAGCCCAAAUUGACAACGUGCCACCAUGCCAGCCGUUUCCAACCGAGCCAGGUUGGCCCGGGAGCGGAGCAACGUUUUGAACCGGACCGAAUUCCUCUCCCUCAGCCACCCCUUGAAAAGUGCCCAGGAGCCUCGGAGUCUGCCCCGGAGGUCAAACAGCCAGGGGGGCCCUGCCCCGUCCCAAAGCGAGGGGUCGAAGGAGCAGCGCCCAUCUCAGCAGCUGCCGGAGGAAGACUGCAUGCAGCUGAACCCCACUUUCAAAGGCAUCGCUUACAAUUCCUUGCUGGCCAUCGACAUCUCCCUCUCCAAGCGGCUGGGGGUCUGUGCCAGCAACUCAGCGGCCUGGGGCAAUGCCCGCUCCAUGGUCAACCUCAUUGGCAUCACCGGGCACGGUAUUCCUUGGAUCGGAGGCACCCUCAUCUGCUUGGUCAAGAGCAGCACCUUGGCUGGCCAGGAAGUUCUCCUCAAUCUCCUUUUAGCUCUGCUCAUGGACAUCAUCAUUGUGGCCGGGUUACAGAAAAUGGCAAAGCGUAAAGGCCCUUACGAUGUCAGCCCGGGCAUUUUGGACUAUCUGACGAUGGAUCUCUAUGCCUUCCCUGCUGGUCACGCCAGCCGGGCUGCUAUGGUGUCCAAGUUCUUCCUCAAUCACCUGGUUCUAGCCGUCCCUCUCCGUAUCCUUCUUAUCCUUUGGGCUUCCUUAGUGGGACUCUCCCGAAUCAUGGUGGGACGCCACCAUGUCACUGACGUCCUCUCUGGGUUUUUCUUCGGUUACAUCCAGUUCCGAAUGGUGGAGAUUCUCUGGAUGUCCUCCAACACGUGCCAGAUGUUGAUUUCUAUGUGGUGAAUUGUAGUGAUGUCCUCAUCAGCAGCUUCCUUUCAUUUUCUAUUUGGGGACAUAGACAAGGCAAAGGACCUCUCCUAAAGGGACACGUUUUGCAAAAGAACCAUGGAGUUUGUUCUUCUAAGAAUUCUUCUAGAAGCUCUUCAAAGCUCUUCAUAGAAGUUUGUUUUCUAAGUGAUGGAUCUGAACCUCACGAAGCUGAAGAGACGGUUCAGUCUCACAUAACAACCUCAUCUGGGAAUCGUUGAGAUUGAUUUUUGAUUGAUUGAUUGAUAUUUGGCUGCAUCCCCCCCCCCAAUGAUUCCAACCAGAAAGCAAGUCCAAGGAUCAAGGAUAACGUUGCUUUCUCUUGCUAUCUGGCUGUUGAGGCAUCUGGUAGCCCUUGCUUUUUAAUCUGGAGAUAACCAUGGAAUUUAACGGAAUUAAGGAAUACAGGAUGAGUUUCCUUCCCCAAGUUGAGGUGCCCACCAGUUGUGCGGAGAGUCUCGUUCUUGGACAUCCCAGCUUCUCUGCCUACUUUCCCAACUUGGACAUCAUCCAGAUGCAUGAAAAUCAGUUUCCAGAGUUCCCUAGUCAGUGUGGUCAUUUGCUAAGAAUUGUAGGAGGUGAAGUGCAACCGUGUGGACUUCAGUUUCCAGAAUUCUCUAAUCAGAAUGAGAGAAUUGUGGGAGAGGAAGGAUAUCUACAACAAGGGAUGACUUCAGCUCCCAGAAUUCCCCACCAGCAUCUGGUCAACACUGAGAAUUUUGGGAACUCAAGGGGCCCCAUAAAGGUGGGUUUCAGCAUCCAGGUGGUGAAUUCUGGAAGUUGAAAUUAAUGCAUUUGGACAAUGUACCAUGGGGAAAAACUACACCAUGCCUUAUAAAUUAUUUAUAAUGACACAAGAGCAUUCUGUACCACUUAGACAUUUUUCCUUGUUUUAUUGCCAAUUUCUUAGCCAAGCAAACUUCAGGAGCCAUUAAGCGACCCGGGAUAAGGUGGUGGACUAAGGUGGAAAUCGUAUUCUGGUUCAAAGCAUCAUUAGCUGUCAAGUUUACAACUCAGUAGCCACAUUCACAAACAAUGGAUCCUCCAAUGUAAACCUUGAUUUGCGAAAGAAAGUGUCUAGAUUCACCUAUUGGGCAGAAAUCAAACGCACUAACGUAUGAUUUACAGCAAUGCUUCCCAAUCUUGGCAACUUCAAGGUGGACUUCAGCUCCCAGAAUUCUCCCAGAUGACUGAGGAACUCUGGGAGAUGAAGAUCAUCUUCCUGGUCAUUGGCAAGGUUGAAGGACCUUGAUUUAGAUAGAAGUCAUGAGCUCAGGGUACAAAGUUGAUCUCCCACGUUGUGCUUAAAGGUGGGGGUUUUUUUUGCACCAUUGGUGGUCAGGUUCAUGGUAAGCCAUGAACCAGAACAACAAGGGCUGAGGUGGCACAAUCGAAGCCAAGUUAAGUCUUGAAGGGGGUGAAAUUGUCUGCUCAACUUUACCAUCAGAGAAUGAGUCAAAUGAAUAAGCUGUGGUUUACGUGGUAACAUUGGUUGAGAAGGAGCCUUGACGUAGGAUUCAUUUAAGUAAAUGAAUGUUUUUCUAGUUCAUGCAGGACACAAUUUAUCCAAAUGUGGCCUCUCCAAUUUGCUUACUCAAACCAUAGUUUAGUGCUACAGGGGAAGCCAACUACCCCCAACCUCACGGAUAAAGUGUGAGGCUAAAAUGGGGGUGAACAAAACGACUUGAUUUUUUAAGAAAGUCAAGUAGACCAAUGAAAGGACAACUUAGAGGUAAAUAGGGCUAUUUCCCCCAUCCACUACAUUGGAUGAUGAUUUAGUUUAGUUUACCUUAUUGUCAUUGCACCACAAAAUUAAAUGCUGUCUUCAGUGUACAUUGCAAUUAUAAA